AUGUCUUCUACCGAGCAAGAUGUCGGUAGCAACGACAACAGUGACAAAGAUCGCGCCAUCAUCAAGCCCAGCGAAGGCACCUGUGGAAUUUCACCCGACACCGACAUCGUCACCGUGGACGAAGAGGUCGCCGAAGAUCAAGAAAUGGAAGACAGCUACGUGUUCGUCGAAGCUGACUACCAUUCCUACACUGACGUGGAAUCUUCCGUCGCCGAAGGCUCGAAUUCGGACUGUGAGCUUUCAGAGCGUGAAGAGAAGGGCGAUGUAGACUCCAAGAGCGAAGCUGGCAAAAUGGAAGAGCAGAAUGGUGGUGUGAGAAAGGGGUUUGUCAAGGGAACGGCGGAGAAGAAAACUUCCGGUACUCAAGGUGAUGGCGGCAAGGAUGAUGCAGAAGAUCUGCCAGAAAUUCUGCCAGAAAUUGUGAAGCAAAUAACCGAGUUCAAGAGGAGCGGGAGAGUCUACACUGUUCUUAACAAGAGGGUGACCAUCAUGCCGCGCCUAACGAAAUCUCACAUGAACGACGACAACAGCCAAGAAGACUUCACCCAGCUCGUCGACGGAAAGAAAGUCGUCGCCCUCCCCAACGAUACUCUGCCUCGGCACCCUGAUGGCAGCUACGUGUUCGUUCGCGACGAGACUGCUAAAACCAUCGAAGACAAAAGCGCACAAGACAUCAUCGCCUACUACGCCAAAAUCCUCGCCAUCGAAACAAAAUCGCGACCCCAUCCAAGCCUAACAUCGAAUGCAAUCAUCGAUGGACUCGACACCCUACGCAUCUGCUCCGAGAUCUUAUCCGACAAUCCUACUAAACCUUCUUUCGUCGCGGAAUACUUGCACAUGCUAGAGCCGCGACACCAGCUCAGUCUCUCCAUCGUUCUUUCCAUUAUUCUCGAUACAGACGACUGGAUGAAUCUCGAGCGUGAGCUUGUUAGAGACGAGGAGUUCGAGAUCUCGGUGGUGAUCUGGGCGCUAAAGAUUGGGCCUGAGGGGCUAAUGCUGGGGAGGGUGGAGGGGAAAAGCGAGAUGCAGAUUUUGUUGGGGGCGGAGGAGGCGUGGAUUGUGGUGAAUGAGGGUAAAGUGGAGUAUGAAGAGAAGAAGAUGGAGUUGAGGCGGGUUGCUGCGGAGGUGACGAUGUGGGGGAGGGGCGCGGCGGGGAUGUUUGCUAAGAAGGGUCGAACUGAAGAUGACGACUGA